AUGUCUCUGCAACCUGGUUCGAGUUCUGGUUCUCCUUUGGAGGGGGCGGGGAGGAAAAGCAAUAAGAUUGGGCGUGUGACAGAAGAGAGUCGGAAAAUGAGGGAAGAAAACAUGAUUCGCAUGAGAAAAACAGAACCCCAAAAUAUUCUUCUCCGUAAACGAAUUAACAUUUCUGGGUUGAAUCAUCAGUUGAUGGAAGCUCUUCCUGAGAUAAUUGAACGUGUAUGUGCUGAGUACCCUGACCAUCGAUUGGAGGUCAAUGAACACUUUAGAAGGUUAACAGUUGGUGAAGAAGUACCAGUUGAUGAGGUCCUUAAGAAAGGUAUUCUCCCUCACUUGGUGGGGUUCUUGUCAAGGGACGAUGCACCCCAAUUGCAGAGAGAAGCUCUAUGGAUAGUAUCCAACUUUAACUUUGCUUCCGGAACAUCCCAACAAAUAACAGCUAUCGUUGAACUUGGUGUUGUUCCUCCCUUGGUCAAUCUUCUCUCUAGUACCGAUGAGGAUACCAGAGAAGAGGUCGUCUUCUGGAACAUUGUUCGUGAUUCCGCAAACAAUAGGGAUCUUGUUCUUAACCAUGGUGCUCUCAUGCCAAUAUUAGGUCAUUUGCAACCACAAUCAAAAUUGUCUAUGUUGAGACUUGCUUCGUGGUGUUUAUCUCUUUUGCUCCGUGGAGAGCCUCCAGUUAGUCUUGAACAGAUAAAGCCUGCCUUACCUGUUCUUCAGCGACUCGUCCACAUGACCGAUGAAGAAAUUUUAACAGAUACAUGCUGGGCUCUCGCUUACUUUUCAGUAGGUGAAACCGAGAGAAGUCAAGCUAUUCUUGAUCUUGGAAUUUGCCCUAGACUUUUGGAGCUUCUUCAGCAUCCAUCAGAUACGAUUACUCUAACCGUGCUUCUGUUUUUUGGAAAUAUCGUCACUUACAAUAAUGGUCCCCAAACACGGUUUUUGAUUGAUAUCCAAUUGCUCCGGCGUCUUCGACGAGUUCUUAUGCGUGAAUAUAACAAAAGCAUCUUUAGAGAAGCUUGUUGGACAAUCUCAAAUAUCGCAUCUGGGCAUAGAGAUCAAUUUCAGGUUGUGAUUGAUGCCAAUAUUAUUGAUUCUGUUGUUAAAGUUGUUCAUAAUGCUGGGUUUGAGGUCAAGAUAGAGGCUGCCUGGGUGAUCUGCAAUAUCACUUUUGGAGGAUAUACUGACCACAUCAGGUACCUUGCGGCUCAUGGUUGCAUUGAAGCACUGUGUGAACUCUUGACCUAUUCAGACCUAGCGAUUGUGAGGGUUUGUCUCUUGGCGCUGGACAGCAUUUUGGGAGUUGGAGAAAGUGACAGGAAUGAUAGAGGCAAUAGUUUUGCUAAAAGGGUUGAGCAAUGUGGAGGAUUAGAUAAUAUUGAAAUGUUGCAGACUCACGACAACAACGAGAUUAGUAAGACAGCUACGUUGAUUUUGGUUUCAUAUUUUGCUGAGGCUGAGAUGGACGAAUGA